CGAAGCCAUCCUAAACCACGUCAAGACCCAAACCUACCCCUGAAACCGACCAGAAUAGGCUUCUUUAUUUUGAUUUCGUCCAAGUGGUUGAUUUUGAGAAUGUCAUCGCCUCCAUGCGGUACCACCAGUCACAACGUGUUAUCGAGCUCCGAUUCAGAAGAGCCCAAGCUCCCCCUUAAUCAGUUCUACCCAUACAUCCGAUGUGGCCUCUGCUGUGGCUUCCUCAUUGAUGCCACCACCAUCACAGAAUGCUUACACACAUUUUGCAAAAGUUGCAUUGUGAAGCAUUUUUUCUACAGCAACAGAUGUCCGUCAUGCACAAUUAUAGUCCACCAAACACAGCCUCUUUACAAUAUCAGGCCCGACAGGCAAUUGCAGGAUAUUGUGUACAAAAUGAUCCCUUUCCUGGAGGAGUUUGAAAGGGAGCAAAUGUGUAACUUCUACAAAAAACGAGGGCUUGGAAUCCCCAAAUCAGUGGGGGUCUCCAGUGCAGCUCCUUCAGGGUUGAAAAGGCAGAAGAAGGAUUCCAUGCCUCAGUGCGUGCUCAACAUUCCACCUGAGCUGGAUGUGUCGCUGUUGCUGGACUUUGUCGGGGCUGAAGAGGGGAUAAGCAGUUACAAGCCACUAGAAAGGCGCUAUGUGCGUGUGUCGGGUGAUGCCACCAUUCGCCACGUGGAGCUGUUCAUCAGGAAGAAGAUGGAACUCAGCCCAACUUGCCAAGUAGAUGUGGUUUGUGGAGAUAAUCUCCUGGAUCACUAUCAGUCACUGAAAGAUGUGCAAAAUUCUGUGGGAGCAGAGGCCUUGCAGGAUGGUCUGCUGGUGCUGCACUUUGGUUUGGUCCUGUCCUGUCUGUCUUGAAAGGAAUGAAUGGACUGUUUGAGGGUCUUGCAUACUUUUUGUAAGGCAGAAUUUCUUCUUGUCCUUAUCACUUUUCAAAAAUGUUCUUUGUCAAAAUGUUAUAAAACUGCAAAUUGACUGAACCAAUUUACUACGAACGGCAAUGUGAUGGACUUCUUUGAGACAAUUUUCAGAACAUUUCUAUUACUGUGCUUGCUGGACACAGCUGUUUUAUAUUUUUUAGAAACAGUGCACAGUUGGAUAAAUGUACAGUUUGGUUUUCUAGCAUGAACUGCCUCUUUAAGGUCACACCACAGCAUCUCAAUUGCAUUUAAAUCCAGACUUUGACUUGGCUACUCCAAAACGUUAUUUUGUUUAUUUUUUGGUGGACUUGCUGGUGUGUUUCAAAUCAUUGUCCCGCUGCACAAUCCAAGAGUGCUCCAGUUUGAGUUCACAGACUGAUGACUGGACAUUCUCCUUCAGGAUUUUCUGGUACAGAGUAGAAUUAACUGUCCCAUCCAUCACAGCAAGUUGUCCUGGUCCUGAGGCAGAAAAGCAGCCCCAGACCAUCAUGUCUGCCAUCAUGCUUCACUGUUGGCAUAAUGUUCUUUUUUUCAUUUAUGCCAGAUGUAAUGGGCUCACACCUUCCAAAAAGUUUAAUUUUUGACUCAUCAGUCCACAGAGUGUUCCUCCAAAAGUCUUGAGCAUCAUCAAGAUGUUUUUUUGGCAAAUAUGAGACGAGCCUUUGUAUUCUUUGCUGACAGCAGGGUUUUUUUGCCUGGGAACUCUCCUUUUUUAGCUAGUGUCUUUCUUAUGGUAGAGUCAUGAACACUGACCUUAACUGUGGCCAGGGAGGCCUGCGGGUCUUUCGAUGUUGUUCGAGGUUCUUUUGUGACCUCCUGGAUGAGUCGUCGUCUCACUCUUGGAGUAAUUUUAGUUGCUUGUCCACUCCUGGGAAGGUUUCCCACUGUUCCUAGUUUUCUCCAUUUGUGGAUAAUGGCUCCGGCAGUGUUUUGCUGGAGCCCAAAGCCUUGGAAAUGGCUUUGUAACCUUUUCUAGACUCACCUUUCCCAAAUUUGUGGUAAGUCACAGUGACUUUGUGAUUUAAAAAGGGGAGAUAAUUACAGUGCUUUAUGAAAGCAUUCGGCCCCCUUAAACUUUUCAACCUUUCGCCACGUCAGGCUUCAAACAUAAAGAUAUAAAAUUUUCACAUUUUGUCAAGAAUCAACAAGUGGUACACAAUCAUGAAGUGGAACAAAAUGUAUUGGAUAUUUUAUACUAUUUUAACAAAUAAAAAUCUGAAAAGUGGGGUGUGCAAUAUUAUUUGGCCACUUUACUUUCCUUUCAGUGCAGCAAACUCACUCCAGAAGUUCUGUGAGGACCUCUGAAUGAUCCAAUGUUGCCUGAUGAUGAUAAAUAGAAUCCACCUGUGUGUAAUCAUGUCUCCAUAUAAAUGCACCUGCUCUGUGAUAGUCUCAGGGUUCUGUUUAAAGUGCAGACAGCAUCAUGAAGACCAAGGAAUACAGCAGGCAGACUCGAGAUACUGUUGUGGAGAGGUUUAAAGCCGGAUUUGGAUACAAAAAGAUUUCCCAAGCUUUAAACAUCUCAAGGAGCACUGUGCAAACAAUCGUAUUGAAAUGGAAGGAGUAUCACACCGCUGCAUAUCUACCAAGACCCGGCCGACCGUCUAAACUUUCACCUCGAACAAGGAGAAGACUGAUCAGAGAUGCAGUCAAGAGGCCCGUGAUAACUCUGGAUGGACUGCAGAGAUCUACAGCUGAGGUGGGAGAGUCUGUCUAUAGGACAACUAUCAGUCGUACACUCCACGAAUCUGGCCUUUAUGGAAGAGUGGCAAGAACAAAGCCAUUUCUCAAAGAUACCCAUAAAAAGUCUUAAAAUUUGCCACAAGCCAACUGGGAGACACACCAAACAUGUGGAAGAAGGUGCGCUGGUCAGAUGAAACCAAAAUUGAAUUUUUUGCCCACAAUGUAAAAUGAUCUGUUUGGCAUAAAAGCAACACAGCUAAUCACCCUGAACACACCAUCGCCACUGUCAAACACGGUAGUGGCAGCCUCGUGGUUUGGGCCUGCUUUUCUUCAGCAGGGACAGGGAAGAUGGUUCAAAUUGAUGGGAAGGUUUAAAGGAGCCAAAUACAGGACCAUUCCGGAAGAAAACCUGUUGGUGUUUGCAAAAGACCUGAGACUGGGAUGGAGAUUUAUCUUUCAAGAGGACAAUGAUACAAAACCAGUGAUGAAAGUCGUCCGGAUUUUUAGAUUUUCAUGAAAAUUGCUCUGGAAAAUUGAGGAAAAAUUCCUUAAAAUUAAUCCGGAUAUUAGUUGACAACAUUGAACGAACAUGCGUUUGAGUUCAUUGUUUGCUUUCAUUAGCGUAGGCACUAACACUAGUAACAGUAACGCCCCUCCCCUUGCAUUCUCUCAUGAUGUUGCCUAUUUUGUGUGGUCUUGACAUUAAUUUACGUGUUUAUUUCAUAAACGUUGUUAACUAAACAAGUCUGCUCCAAAACAACCGCUAUUCACCCGGAAACAGGAAAUGCAAGUUAACCGUACUGAGCAUGUACGGAGCAAGUACGAAAGCGCAUGUUCAGAACUGCUUCACGUAAUGGGAGCGCAUUUACGUCGACAGUCAUCAACAUCAUGAGGCAUGUCAAAGGAAAUUCAGUUACACCAGGGGUGCUCAUUGCGUCCAUCGCGAGGCAGUGUGACGGCGUAAAAAACAAAAUGAAAAAAAAAAAACAGACUAUCAUCCACCUCGUCUCUUUAUUUAGGCGUGGCCAAUACGUCGAGUGCAUAUGCACAUAAAGGCGUGUUCUAGCAAGCCGGCCUCCUAUUUACGGCAGUCCCGUAGUGCGUGCCCCCUCCCCCCUUCCCCAACAAUACGUCACGAUUGCCGACAGGAAUGUUUGUUCCAAUGUAUCGCUAGCAUGUUGCCACGAAUGCCGAUUCCCCAGUGCUCACAUCUGUAUUUUCAGGAAUUUUCACGAAAUUCCACUUUCAUCUCUAAAAACAUAAAGCCAAUUGUACAAUGGAAUGGUUCACAAAUAAACGUAUCCAGGUGUUAGAAUGGCCAAGUCAAAGUCCAGACCGGAAUCCAAUCGAGAAUCUGUGGGCAGAACUGAAGAUUGUUGUUCACAAACGUUCUCCAUCCAACCUCACUGAGUUUGAGCUGUUUUGCAAGGAAGAAUAGGCAAGAAUUUCAGUCUCUCGAUGUGCAAAACUAAUAGAGAAAUACCCAAAGCUACUUGCAGCUGUAAUUGCAGCAAAAGGUGGCGCUACAAAGUAUUAAUGCAAGGGGGCCGCAUAAUAUUGUGCGCCCCACUUUUCAGGUUUUUAUUUGUUAAAAAAGUUUAAAAUAUCCAAUAAACUUCAUUCCACUUCACGAUUGUGUCCCACUUGUUGUUGAUUCUCUACACACAAAAAAAAUCAUUUUAUAUCUUUAUGUUUGAAGCCUGAAAUGUGGCAAAACGUUUAAAAGUUCAAGGGGGCCGAAUAAUUUCCAGCUUUCCACAGAGGGUCAGAAAAGUUUUGAUGUUUUUGUGCCUUAAUACAGUGGUACCUUUACUUACAAACGUCUCCAGUAAUAAAAAAUUCAGGUUAUGAAACGCCUCCUGGGAAGAAUAUUGUCUCUAGUUACAAAGGAAAAUUCAGGAUACGAAAGGAAAUAAUGGGUGCUGGAUUCGCAGCUCCCAAAUUCCACCAAAUGUAAUCAUCCUGUAUCUUGGUUUGUGUGUCACGAUAGAGCUGCUCUCCCAUUGGCUAUUGCCGUAGCAUCUUCCUGGCAUCCCAUUAGCUAGGAGGGAUGUCAAUUUAUACCCAUGAUCAAUUGUCACCAAAUCAUGCUUGUGCUGUCACACGUUAGCACACAUUGUUUUUUUUUCCUGUUUUUUGUUUACUCAUCUUUAUUCAUCAUGGGCCCCAAGAAACUUUAGUGGAAUUAAGUUGUGUGCGUGUGCCAUCCGUACUUAUGUUUUCUUUCAGCUGUCAAACGGCCUCCUACGCCCUCCCCCACGAUUCCUUUUUCUUGUCACUCAAACUUUUCUUCGCAUUGUCACCCAAUGGCAAAGGCAAAUAAACGUAAUUUUUAUUAUUCUUUACAUUAUGUACUUUGAAUGCUCAUUUUUAGUGGGGGGGGGGGAGGCUUGGAACGGAUUAGGCUAUUUAUAUGUAAAAAGCGUUUCUACUUACGAAAAAUUUCAGAACAAAUUAAUUUUGUAAGUAGAGGUAACACUGGAAAUUGAAUCGUCAUUUGAAAGCUGCAUUUUGUAUUUCAUUGGGUUGUCUCUGAGCGAUAUCAAAAUUGGUUUGAUGAUUUGAAACCUUUGUGUAAUACUUUUCACGGCACUGUAUUUUUGGGAAUUUUUGUAGCACAGAUUGACAUUAGAAAUUGCAAAAGUCACUCAAGUCCAAUAACUGUCAAAGAUUUGUAAGCAUCCUUUAGAGCUACACUAUCUUAAGCAGAACCUUUUUGUUGUUGAUUUUUUUUUUCCCAACAAUUUAAGUUUUGUACCAGAUACGUGAUCAGGCAGAUGUCUCUUACUUGUAGUUGUUGACUUUUUUUUGUACAUGUUUAGGGAUAUGA